AGAGGAUGAUGAAGGCUGCGUCAUCAGGCCUGGUUCGCCUGCUGCAGUAACGAUCUCCUCAUUAUCAUCCUGACACACCCAGACCGGACCGCCAGCGGGGGUGAUGGUCAGCCAUGCCUUCUUUAAACGUGUGACCCUGGGUCAUCUGAAUGUCUACGUGAACAAUCCAUUCAUACCUUCCUCUCUUUCCUUCCUCGUUUCGAUCUAGAGACUUCUGUUGGAGCAAGACGCGAGGACCAAACGACGACUUCGGUACUCCCCAAGGCGGCACUUAAAAAAAAUACCCCAAAUGUAAGCGUCUAAUUAUUUCCCCUGACGCCCGAAGCCCAAAAUAAGAACGACACGUCGACGACCGCCGUCCGUGAUGGACGAGGGUCCGGUCCGGGUUCUCCCGUCCCAGCCGUCCCCUGGGGGGCUCCCACCCCCUGGUCCCCUCCACGGUUUCCCGCCCCCUCCGACCCCCCUGGAGAUCCAGGCCUCCAGAGCCCACGCCAGGGCCCGAACCCUGGCGUGGGACGUCCCGGCGGGACCUGCCGCUGAACCCCCUCAAUGGGCUCAUUGUGGGGGCCCUCUUGGGGCUCUGUCGUGGUCCAGGAACGGCUGCGCUGGGGCGGGGCCGGCGGACCGCUCCCCUCACUCCUGGGGGAGGAGCGGGGGGGUAUGCGGCUCCGAUGGGGCCGUGAAGCCCGCUCCAGAGCACGGAGACAUGCUGAGCCCGAAGUGCGGCCCCGGGGCCCGCCCCGCCUCAGGACCGGAGCCGGAGGAUCGGGGGCCCGUCCGGACCUCCAACGCAUCCCCGCUCCGAGGCCCAGGGGCCCAGCCGCAGGGGCCCCCAACCGCUACGACGACGCUGCCGCCGCCGGGGUCCAGGAGCGAAUCACGCGCGGGCUCCGCCGGCGGGGAUCACCUGAGGGUGGUCAAGCACAAGCCCAGCUUCAUCGUGUUCCGGGACUUUGACGCCGACGGCGCCCGGCGCCCGGGCCGCGUCGUCCGACGGGCGGAGUCGGACGCCGGAGGCUCGGCGUCGGCGUCCGCGUCAUCGUCGGCCACCACCGAAGAAGAGGAUUGUCGUGACGACCAGGAAAAGGCGGAGGAGGCGGAUUUGAUACCUGAGCUGUCGCAGUACGAGGGAUUCCCGGUCAGCCGUUGCCGUAGGAACCUGGCCACGAGCAGGAAGUGCUUGAGAAGGAGACGGGACGUCCCGGUGAUCAGCUCGGUCGAUCCGGUGGCGGCGGUGUCCGCGGACAGUGAGGAGGAGGAGGAAGAGGAGGGAGCUAAGAACAACAAUGAACUGGUCGGCCCCGGCGACGCCCCCGCGGUUCAUCUGAGGAGGAAGCUGGCCCAGCUGAACCAGGAAGUGCAGGAAGUCUGCAUCACUAGCUCCGCCCACGAAGACGUCCUCAUCGCUGACCCCGGGACCCCGGCCCCCUCGGAGGAUCACCCAGUCUGCAGGAUGAGGAGCAGAGCCCAGACUCUGGACCAGGGAUCCUCUGCGUUCAACGACCGAGUCGAGCCGCUGGGAAGACGGCGCUCGCGACCUUUGACCCGCAGUCGUCCCCUGACCCGCUCGCCCCUCUCCUCCGGCGUCCACUACCAAGCCCGGCGAGCCAUGAACCGCGCCAACGCACACACCGCUCCUCACGCAGCUGGCUGCUGCGUACCAGUCUCUUCCUCUCCUUCCUCCUCUCUCCUGCUGAGCGUCUCGGCCUGCAGCUCCCUGCUGCUGCUGCUGCUGGGGUGGUAUGAUGACCUGACAGGCUGGGAACACACAAGGUCACCGCGCUCCCUGCCAGAGACGAGGGGCCGGUGA